AUUACUAGUAAUUAUCAGCUUUUCUACAAUUAUUUAAUUUUUUUCUUUUGUACAGGAAGAAGCCUCAGUGAUUUAUAAUGACUUUUUGGAAUGGUUGGAAACAACCCACUUGAGAAUUUUGCUUUGGGAUUGCUCCAACUGAGACAUGGGAAUCACUGGGGAACUAGUGAGAAGUGUCUUCUCCAAAAGCCACUCUGUUGGAACUCAUGACACCAAUGCAAGGAACAGUGCAGUGGAGAGGAGAAGAUGGAGGAGCUCAGUGAGGUCAUACCUGUGUGGAGAUGAGUUCAAUUCAGUUGCUGCAGAGGAGGAUUCAGCUUCUGUGAGGAGCUAUGGACCAACUAUGAUACAACAACCAAUGCUAGAGAGCUCUGAGGCCUCUGUGACACAACCCAUAUUGGAGGACUUAGCUGAGAAAGAAGAUAUCCAAAGCAAUGACACCAAGCAAGAGUUACAAGAGGAAAAACAGAACUCAACUGCCACUCUGUUUCGCAGAGAAGACGCAGCAUUAGUCAUCCAGUCAGCAUUUAGAGGCUUUCUGGCUAGGCGUCGAAAUGGAGCAAUUGAGACAGUGGAUGGUAAGCUGGGGGUGCUUGGAGGAGGAGAAAGUCCAAGUAAAGAGUCUUUGGGGACAUCAAUUGAAGUUCAAACUGGAAAUUCUAUGGAAGUUUUCUCAAUUCCAGAGGAAACCAUGACUGUCCACCAUCGAUUCCAACAGCAGAAAGCUAGGACUCCUGUGUUAAAACUAAAGCUUUUGCAGGAAGAUUGGGAUGAUAGCACAGUGAGUAGCAAUAUAUCAAAAAUGAGGAUGCAGAACAGACUGGAGGCAACAACCAGGCGCGAGAGAGCUUUAGCUUAUGCUUUUUCACAACAGCUCCGAAUAUGUUCGAAGAAGAAACAAAACAGAUCCGAUGGCACUACUGAACCAAACAUGGGUUGGAGCUGGCUAGAGCGGUGGAUGGCAACUCGUCUUCCAGAAAGUUCCCCUUUUGAAAACAGUGCAAGUUCGAUCAACAUUAACCAAAGAUCAAUGGUCGCAAGGAGACUUUUCGAUGUAGGAGGUGAAGAAAAGGAGAGUUGUGGAUCGAAUGAUGUGUCUGUUCAGUUUGAUAGCAUUUCAGUAUCAGCAGCAAGAGAGAAAGAUGAUACUAAACCAACUAAAAAUAGGCUCAAGGCCACAAGAAACAAAUCAAGACGGAAAACUUUUCCGAGCUACAAUUAUAAGGUAGAACAUGUAAGCAAGGAGUGUCCAGGGGAGGAUGAAAAUGAUAAAAAGCAGAAGCAGAAGCAGGCAGGAAGAAAGAGAGAAAACACAUGUAAAGAUGCAACAGUCUCGCCUGAAAUUGCAGCCAGCGACGACAGCUGCAAAUUGGGUUUUUAUUGAAUCUGUCAAGAGUUUCUUCAGUUGUGUUUGGGAAUGUAUUAUGUGUGUAGUGGCUGCUUCUAAGUUGAAUUCACUUUGUACAUGUUAUGACUGAAAAUCAGUUUCUUGGUUGAUAUAAAUUCUCAAGCAUCAACAAA